UUUUCCUAGGUUUUUCUGGCACCCUGGAGAAGGAACGGAAAAUGCAAAACAGAGAAGUGAUAAAGCCUGCCAAAUACUUCUCCGAAGUGGAGAAGAGUGUGCUGCUUGCCCUGGUUGAGAAAUAUAAAUAUGUACUGGAGUGCAAGAAAAGUGACGCCCGGACAAUUGCGCUGAAACAACGGACCUGGCAGGCCCUGGCACAUGAAUAUAAUUCCCAGCCCAGCGUUUCGCUCCGAGACUUCAAGCAGCUGAAGAAAUGCUGGGAAAACAUCAAGGCACGGACCAAGAAAAUAAUGUCCCAUGACAGACGAGAUAAGGUAAAAAGGAGUAUAAGCCCGCUUAUCAGUAAUCACGUCCUAGGGAAGGAGAAGAUCGCCAGCAUGGUGCCGGAGCAAGUAUACUUUUUGCAGAAUCCACCGGAGGAAGAUUCGGAAUAUCAGCCGGAGACUUCCAGUCAAGAACCUUUCACUGUCAUAAACAGAGACCUGUGCGAUGAGGAGAAAGAGCUCGUUCAUUACCAGGUAUGUGAAGGUACCUCGCAGUCUGAGCCCUCUUGCUCGGCGGUCAGACUCAUAGGCCAUAAAAACUUCCGCGGAAAGGCCGCUCAAGAAAGCGACCUGAAGAAGAUGCAUGAGGAAGAGCACCACCAGCAAAUGUCCAUCUUGCAGCUGCAGCUGAUCCAGAUGAACGAGGUCCACGUGGCCAAGAUCCAGCAGAUCGAGCGGGAGUGCGAGAUGGCAGAAGAGGAGCACCGGAUCAAGAUGGAAGUGCUCAACAAAAAAAAAAUGUACUGGGAGCGGAAGCUUCAGACAGUGACCAAGGAGUGGCCCGUCUCUUCUUUUAACAGACCCUUCCCUAAUUCACCCUAGAGAAUCUGGCAGCACCCGGUCGAUUGGAUUGACCCC